GUAAUGGAGUUUCUUCGAAGAACCGAAGCACAAGAUUAUUCAGAAGUGCGAAGGAAAAUACGGUUGAAAUGUAAACCGUUUCUCCAAAGUUUGACUUCACCCAAAACAGGGAAGAAAUUGAGUUCCUUAGACAAUCGCGCACUCAUUGCUUCUUCGCUGUCAGACAUGUUUACAAAUUUGG